AGAAUUCAGGAGGGAGGCGCUAGAAGGGGAGCAGUGAGCCGACAGCAGUGGAGACCGGACGCAUGAACAGUGAGGUAGGGCGGAUAGCAACUGAACGGGAACCCAUCGGGCAAGUAGCUCCCUAACAUUGGAAGGGGACUAAAGCUGAAACUGCUCCCAAGUGACUGCAGAGUAAUCCCACGCUGGUCAACCCAGGAGACGGAUGGAAGCAGCCGGCCGGUGGCGAUGGUGUAGCGGUAUUGUCAUGGGGAAAAUGGACAUAAGACCCGUCCUAUGGAUAGUGGUUGUCUCCUUGGGAAUUGACGCCGAGAAGUUCGGUGUUUUUCAAAAGCUACCCAGGAUUCUGGCGGAGGUGGGGCAGACAGUGCACAUCCCCUGUAGCUUCAUGGCCAACGUCAACAAGGCGAUAGGGUCUUACCAAUGGUACCAGGGCGGCAGGAAUGGCAUUGAGGUUUCCAAUGAGACAGCAGAGUACAGAGGGCGGAUCCUCAAAUCCGGAGAGGAUUUUAUGCAAGCCCGAGACGCCUCCAUACGAUUAAGGGACGUGAGAGUGAACGAUUCCGGACGGUAUUACUGCAAGAUUACAUUGAUGCAACUGGGCGAGGAAUACGGAGCAGGGACAGAGCUGACUGUGAGAGGGACAGAGCUGACUGUGAGAGGAAUUGAUUCCGAGAAGUUUAGUGUUUUUCAAAAGCUGCCCAGGAUUCUGGCGGAGGUGGGGCAGACAGUGCACAUCCCCUGUAGCUUCACGGCCAACGUCAACAAGGCGAUAGGGUCUUACCAAUGGUACCAGGGCGGCAGGAAUGGCAUUGAGGUUUCCAAUGAGACAGCAGAGUACAGAGGGCGGAUCCUCAAAUCCGGAGAGGAUUUUAUGCAAACCCGAGACACCUCCAUUCGAUUAAGGGACGUGAGAGUGAACGAUUCCGGACUGUAUUACUGCAAGGUUAUAUUGAUGCAACUGGGCGAGGAAUACGGAGCAGGGACAAAGCUGACUGUGAGAGGAAUUGACGCCGAGAAGUUCAGUGUUUUUCAAAAGCUGCCCAGGAUUCUGGCGGAGGUGGGGCAGACAGUGCACAUCCCCUGUAGCUUCACGGCCAAUGUCAACAAGGCGAUAGGGUCUUACCAAUGGUACCAGGGCGGCAGGAAUGGCAUUGAGGUUUCCAAUGAGACAGCAGAGUACAGAGGGCGGAUCCUCAAAUCCGGAGAGGAUUUUAUGCAAGCCCGAGACGCCUCCAUUCUAAUAAGGGACGUGAGAGUGAACGAUUCCGGACUGUAUUACUGCAAGAUUACAUUGAUGCAACUGGGCGAGGAAUACGGAGCAGGGACAGAGCUGACUGUGAUAGAGAAAACAAAACCUGUCAAGAGCCUAUUGUCAAUCCUGAUCAUCAGCAGCGUGGUGGAAUUGGGCCUCCUUCUGCUUGCCACACCCUACUGUGUGAAGUUAAGCAGAAUGAAUGGUAAAGACACUCAACAGGCUCAAAGACAAGAUACAGUUAUUCCAGAAAUUGCUUGCAUGGAGGAUAAUAUAACAUCAGUUCUAUUGAAUGAAGUGGAAGAUAUGGACGUAAACGAAGAAGAACAAUCGAUCUACACCCCUAUGGAAAGCCUAAAGACAUUCGGCAAUUCGUUAGAAAACAUGAUGGGUUCACAAAGUUCUCCAAUCAAAUCACAGAAACAGAUAACUACAACAGAGCCGAUACAAUACGCGUCGAUAAAUAUAGACUUUUUAAAACAACGAUCUUCCCUGAAUGUGGCUGCGGCAUGUGACGAUUUAGAGCAUGAUUAUGGUUAUGACGAACUUAACAUAACAGCAAAACGCAUUCCUAAUCCUGAAAAGGUGUCAGUGAAUCAGGAAAAUGGGGCAGAUUCUGACCAGUCCACUUCAGCGGUGAAUGAAAGUGCAAUGAAUGUUGGAAGCCAAUCUUCAAUUUUAAACUCGGAGGCCGAAGAGAAAAUCCAGUGUGAUGUUUGUCUUUAUGACGCAAUUCAGGAUUAAAUUUCUUCAGUUGCACAGGAAUACAUAGGUUAUGCCGCACUGAAACACACCAUUCGGCACAGCUUAUGCUCCACUCGACCCUCUUCCCAUCCUUUCCCAUAUAAAUCUAUCAUCUGAACCCUCUGUUCCCUUCUCCCCCACGUGCUAACGUAGCUUCCCCUUAAAUGCAUGUGUACUAUUUACCUCAACUACUCCCUGUUGUGACGAGUUCCAAAUUCUCACCACUCUUUGGGUAAAGCAGCUUUUCCUGAGUUCCCUCUUGGAUUUCUAGGUGACUUUCUUAUGUUGAUCACCCCUACCUACAAGAGGAAACUUCCUCUCUGCAUCCACUCUAUCUAAACCCUUCAACAUUUUAAAGACUUACAUUAGGUCACCAUUCGGCCCUUGCUUUUUUCAUUUCUCCUUCUGAAAUACAAAGAAACAAAAAAGCUUGCCUUUAUCAAGCUUCUGUCACGACCUCAGGACGUAUAAAAGCUCUUUACAGAUACCAUAUAAAUGAAAGUCCUUUCUCUUUAUUUUGAAUGUUCUUUACAUUUCCAAUCAACAUGAUCUCUGUAAAUCAAUGUAUUAUUUGUAAAACAUAAAUAUUUUGGCAAUGAA